GAGAUUGUCAAAUGCAAUGGAAGGCUUAGAUUGAAAACACAACCACACAAAAAAGUUGCUCUAAAAAGCAGACAAACUUUCCAUAGCCUUAUAUAUUCCACAGCUCUUUCCUCAACUCUUGCCUAUACCAAUUCCUUUUUCUUAAUUUUAUUUCUUUUCUCCUUGGAAGCUUCUUUCUCUUUCCUUCAACAGAAAAUGGAACUUAACAACCUAACAGAUAAGAAGAAGACUACUACUACUACAUCAAUAACAGAGUAUGAAGACUUGUUACCUGUCAUGGCAGAGAAGCUUGAUGUGGAAAAUUUUGUGUCUGAAUUAUGCAAAGGCUUUGAGCUGUUGGCUGAUCCUGAAAAGGGUCUGAUUACUUCAGGGAGUCUCAGAAAGAACUCUGCUUUUCUUGGGAUGGAAGGAAUGAGCAAAGAAGAGGCAGAAGCUAUGGUUAAAGAAGGAGAUCUUGAUGGAGAUGGUGCUCUCAGUGAGACUGAAUUUUGCAUCUUAAUGGUGAGACUUAGCCCAGGAAUGAUGGACGAUGCUGAGGCUUGGCUUGAGAAGUCACUUGAUCAAGAGCUAAGCAAAUCAAAAUCCUCAAUUUGAUUUUCCCUUUUUUUUAUUAUAGAUUAUAUAGUUGUUGGAAUCCAAAUCUCAUAUUAUGUUCUUCACUUGCUAAGAAAUGUUAUUAUGUCAGUACUAUUGAUCAAAAUAGUGAGCAAUACUAGAACAUGGAUGAAGCCACAAGACAAGGCAUAUUAUCUGUA